UUUCCGUAGUUUAAAUCCUCUCGACCUCUGACUUGCAGUAAACUUCUCUACUUCCUGCUUGCUGUCCGACUCUCAAAAGCCUGAAAAGGCGAUGUUUACAACAAAACGGGAUUACAUUUCGAUUGAUUUGGACUGAAUUUGAGCACAAGAUGAGCUGGAUUCCUUUCAAAAUCGGACAACCAAGGAAACAGAUUGUUUCAAAAACGGUUGAAAGGGACUUUGAGCGGGAAUAUGAGAAGCUCCAAAAGUUGGAAGAACAGACAAAGAAGCUGCAUAAAGACAUGAAGAAAAGCACAGAGGCUGAUUUAGCAAUGUCUAAAGCAGGAGUGAAGAUCUCAGGGGACUUGUUGGGUAAUCCGUUGUGUGAGCAGGAUCAGGCUUUCCUUGAGUCCAUGAACGCUCUGGAUACAGCCAUGAAGAGAAUGGAUGCGUUCAAUCAGGAGAAGGUCAAUCAGAUUCAGAAGACUGUGAUCGACCCUUUGAAAAAGUACAGCAGUGUGUUUCCCAGUCUGAACAUGGCAGUAAAACGCAGGGAACAGGCUCUUCAAGAUUAUAAGAGACUCCAGUCUAAAGUGGAGAAGUAUGAAGAAAAAGAGAAGACGGGGCCCAUCAUGGUCAAACUCCAUCAGGCCAGGGAAGAACUGAAGCCUGUCAGGGAAGACUUUGAAGCCAAGAACAAGCAGCUAUUGGACGAGAUGCCCAAGUUCUACAACAGCCGCAUCGACUACUUUCAGCCCAGCUUCGAGGCUCUGAUCCGAGCUCAGGUGGCCUAUUUUACGGAGAUGCACAAGAUCUUCACUGAACUGACGGAUCAGAUCGACCAGGGCGGGUUGACGGAUGACCAGAGAAAACUAGAGAACGAGGCCAAACUCAAUGAGCUGCGAGCGCUGUCCAUCGUGGCCGACGACUGAAAACUGGGAUUUUAACCAAGUCACGUCAACUUUUAUUUAUUUCUUUUUCUGUUUGUUACUUUUUAUUGAUAAUGAAGUCUUAUUCUGAAUAUUUUGUUGACAGAUGAAGCCAUCAGCAAACUUUUUUGUCUUGUCUCAGUUCAUUUUUGCCUUUAGUCUCUACAACUGACCAAUGAUUGAUCAUAUAUCUUUCAGAUUUUCCAUCCGCCAGAGGCCAAAUUAAUAUUUAAAUUCCUAUGGCUAAAGCUUAGUUUUCUAUACGAAUUGUUUAUAGAGUUCACACUACUUAUGAGUUUUUUUUUUUUAUAAUAUAGUGCAACACUGGAAUCGUGCAGAGAAUCAACAUUUAUAUUAAACUGUUGAUUGAUCAUUGAUACGCCGGUGGUUAUCUUGGAAAAAUGUUACAGUGCGAUUGUCAUUUAACAGAAACGCUUUUCACAUGAUCCUCUGCCUCCCUCUACUGACACAUCUGAGUGUCUGACCUGUGUUUUUGUGUCAAUUGUAUUUGCUAAUGAAGGAAAGUUUUGUUAAUGUUAUUUUUUUGCUCUAUUUCCCAAUAGUCUUACAGCCAUAGUUCAUAAUGUACUACUGUUUGGAAAAGUUGCCAAUUAUUUAACCGCAUACUGACAAUCAAUAUAUAAUGAAGUAUUUUUUUAAGAACAUGAUUGGUUCAUUUUGAACACUAUUGAAAAUUCUCUUUUUAUUUGAUUUUAAUUGGAUUAUUAUCGUCAUGGGUUCCAAUCUGAGGGUUAAAAUAUAGUGUAAAAUGUUCAUUUUGGAUAAAACAUCUUACAACUAAAUUAAACCUUACAUGUGUUAUUACAGUCCUGCUUUCCUUUUGACAUAACCAAACACAUUUUCUCUAAAACUCUGUACCAUAGCCUUAUUUUUAAAAUGUGCAUAUUUCUUCUUUUCAUUUCUCAAAUCGAAGUGUUCUUUAAACAUAAUGUCGUUUAGUUGUCUUACAGUAAACUGCUUUUGGAUGUCCA